CAAGGAACACGUGUCGUACUGAUAUUCCCGUUAUCCCUACGCAUCCCUAUACCAGAUCACGUGUACGUGGACGAAAUCUGGAGUUCCUGGUACACCUAGUGCCCGGGUCUGGUAAUAGUGACUGUGGUACAUUCUAUUCUGUGUCUCGUCUGUGGUGAAACUUGGUAACUUUUCCCUCACGCGAUAUGAUUCCGUAGAUCGUAAUUAAGUCGAAUAUCAAUUCGUAAUUUCAAAUGGCGACAGAGGAGCACAAAUAUUUAGCAAAUUUUAUAAAAACUACGCAUGCUACGUUACGAGAAGAGGCACAGAAUUUCGGACCCGAAGUUGCGUGGAAACGACACGUAAUUCGCAAAGAUGUUUUGCAGAAAUAUGCCUCGUCUAUGCAAAAAUUGGCAACUACGUAUUGGAUGGAAAAUAAUGUGAACACAAAGAAUUUGAUUCUCUGUAGAGUGGAAUGGAUUAUCUUCCAAUGCAUGGAUUACUUUUUAAACGGUGGAAGACAAAAAUAUGACGAGAGGGAAGAUAAUAUCAAAAGAAAAAUGAGUACAAAUUAUGUAGAAACUGAACUUGUAACAAAUUGUAAUUGUAAUGUUAGAAAUGAGAAAAUUGAUGUAUUACAUUUUGAUAAUAUUCUUGAUAACUCGACUAAAAAAUUAAUGUUACUAGACGUAGGAAGCUGUUACAAUCCUUUUGGAAAUUUAAAUAUGUUUGAGGUAACAGCGAUAGAUUUAAAUGGUAUAACCGAUAAAGUUUUACAUUGUGAUUUUUUAAAUGUUCGUAUUGGGAAAGAAAACCUGUUCUCCAAUGAUAAGCAAUCGAUUUUGCAGUUAGCAGAAAACUCGUACGACGUAGUUGUAUUUUCUUUGUUUUUAGAAUAUCUACCGUGUCCUAAGCAAAGGUAUAUUUGUUGUAAAAAAGCAUAUGAUCUGUUACAAUUUCGUGGUAUACUUUUCAUUAUAAGUCCCGAUUCGAAGCACGUUAAUGCAAAUGCUAAACUCAUGAAAUCGUGGAGAUACGUGUUAAGUAAAUUAGGAUUUAUGAGAAUAAAAUACGAAAAGUUACGACAUGUACAUUGUAUGAUAUUUAGAAAAUCUAUGUUUAAAUGUGUUGCGUCAAGAUGGGCGAAUUUACAAGCUUUACCAGUAAACGAUCCUUUGUAUCAAACUAGUACUGCUGUUUAUAUUCCGCAAGAUUUUCGUAAUGUGUCCAGUGAAGUUGAACAAGAUGGAAAAGAAGAAUAUAAUACAAACGAAAUGAUUUCUAUGUUCAAUGAAUUACCUUUUGACGGAACAUAACGCUAAAAAUAAUUGUUAUUUUAAUUAUGGAAC